UGAACCAAGGAUUUGGGCGGCCGGAAGACCCGCGCCGUAACGGCAGCCAUCUUGUUUGUUUGAGUGAAUCGGAAAGGAGGCGGCGGCCGUGGCGGUGGCGGGAGCAACUCCGAGGCUACACCGCACAAGGGCUCCCCCUUUCCCCGCCCCCUCCCCCGACCCUUUUCCCCCUCCCCGGGCCACCCAGCCCUCCCAGCUCCCCGCAGAGAUAACAGGUUUCUUCUUAUUUCAUAGAAAAUAAGAAAAAAUGUUCUACGCACAUUUUGUCCUCAGUAAACGAGGGCCUCUGGCCAAAAUUUGGCUGGCGGCCCACUGGGAUAAGAAGCUAACCAAAGCCCACGUGUUUGAGUGUAACCUAGAGAGCAGUGUGGAGAGCAUCAUCUCGCCAAAGGUGAAGAUGGCACUGCGGACGUCAGGGCACCUUCUCCUGGGAGUGGUCCGCAUCUAUCACAGGAAAGCCAAGUACCUCCUCGCAGACUGUAAUGAAGCAUUUAUUAAAAUAAAGAUGGCUUUUCGGCCAGGUGUUGUCGAUCUACCUGAGGAAAACCGGGAAGCAGCUUAUAAUGCCAUUACUUUACCUGAGGAAUUUCACGAUUUUGACCAGCCACUGCCAGACUUAGAUGACAUUGACGUCGCCCAGCAGUUCAGCCUGAACCAGAGCAGAGUAGAAGAGAUAACCAUGAGAGAAGAAGUCGGAAACAUCAGUAUCCUACAGGAAAAUGAUUUCGGUGACUUCGGAAUGGACGACCGUGAAAUAAUGAGAGAAGGCAGUGCUUUUGAGGAUGACGACAUGUUAGUGAGCACCAGCGCUUCCAACCUCCUCCUAGAGCCCGAGCAGAGCACCAGCAACCUGAAUGAAAAGAUCAAUCAUUUAGAGUAUGAAGACCAGUACAAAGAUGAUAAUUUUGGAGAAGGAAAUGAUGGCGGUAUAUUAGAUGACAAACUUAUAAGUAAUAAUGAUGGUGGCAUCUUUGACGAUCCCCCUGCCUUGUCUGAGGCAGGGGUCAUGUUGCCAGAGCAGCCUGCACAUGACGAUCUGGAUGAAGAUGACAAUGGCUCACUGGGUGGGCCUGAUAGCCCUGACUCCGUGGAUCCUGUUGAACCGAUGCCAACAAUGACUGAUCAGACAACACUCGUCCCAAACGAGGAGGAAGCUUUUGCAUUGGAGCCCAUUGACAUAACUGUCAAAGAAACAAAAGCCAAGAGGAAGAGGAAGCUGAUUGUUGACAGUGUCAAAGAAUUGGACAGUAAGACAAUUAGAGCCCAACUUAGUGAUUAUUCUGAUAUUGUCACAACUCUGGACCUGGCUCCGCCUACCAAGAAGCUAAUGAUGUGGAAAGAGACGGGAGGAGUGGAGAAGCUAUUCUCCUUACCAGCACAGCCGCUAUGGAAUAACCGACUACUGAAGCUCUUUACACGCUGCCUUACUCCACUUGUACCAGAAGACCUUAGGAAAAGAAGGAAAGGGGGCGAGGCAGACAAUCUGGAUGAAUUCCUCAAAGAGUUUGAGAAUCCAGAGGUUCCCAGAGAGGAGCAGCAGCAGCAGCCGCAGCCGCAACAGCCACAGCCACAGCGAGAUGUCAUUGAUGAGCCCAUUAUAGAAGAGCCAAGCCGCCUUCAGGACUCAGUGAUGGAGACCAGCAGAACAAACAUAGAAGAGUCAGCCAUGCCACCACCACCCCCUCAAGGAGUUAAGCGAAAAGCCGGGCAAAUAGACCCAGAGCCUGCGAUACCUCCUCAGCAGGUAGAGCAAAUGGAAAUACCGCCAGUAGAGCUUCCACCGGAAGAGCCUCCAAAUAUCUGUCAGCUGAUCCCGGAGUUAGAGCUUCUACCGGAAAAAGAAAAGGAAAAAGAGAAGGAGAAGGAAGAGGAAGAGGAGGAGGAGGAUGAAGAUGCUUCAGGGGGUGAUCAGGAUCAAGAGGAAAGGAGAUGGAACAAAAGGACUCAGCAGAUGCUUCAUGGUCUUCAGCGAGCUCUUGCUAAAACUGGAGCAGAGUCUAUCAGUUUGCUUGAGCUAUGUCGAAACACAAACCGAAAGCAGGCAGCAGCAAAAUUCUACAGCUUUUUGGUUCUUAAAAAGCAGCAAGCCAUCGAGCUCACACAGGAAGAGCCGUACAGUGACAUCAUUGCAACACCUGGGCCAAGGUUCCAUAUUAUCUGAGGAGCUAGACACAUUAGAGCUAGUGUUAACUCACUAGUACAUCCGAUUGCCCCCGUGUGUAGGGCACCAAAACCCUUUAAGAAAGUUUUUAGAUUUUUGUUUGUACAAAAUCUUUGCCUUUUCUUUCUUCAUUUUUCCCCCAGUGUUUCUAAUUUUGUCAACCAUAUUUUAAGGGAAACUGCAUAUUUGGGUUGGGUUUGUAUUCCUGGAGAAGACAGUACCCCAAGAACCCAGAAGACUUUUAACAGUUCAGAACAGAUGUGUGCAAUAUUGGUGCGUGUAAGAAUAUGGAGUAACAGUCAAAAGUCACCAUUUUUAUGUUAGUUUUCCAUUACUAUGUUGAAAAGGAAAACCUGCCUAGGAAAAUGCCUGACACUUUAAGAACUGUGGUUUGAGUCCCUUGACAGGAAGAGAAAAUGUCUUCCCAUCAGUGAAACCAACAGUCUGGUUAACCACUGUACCUAGGGAUAGUGUGUGAAGCAUCGUACUUGUCUCCUUGAUCAUGUUUUAAAGUAAGUCCAUAAUGACGAGAAUUUGAGUUUGUGCUGACCGACCUUCCACUGCUGUGUUCUGAAAUCAUUCCGUGAGUGAGUCUUAGUGCAGCUCACCCUGAUCGGACGUCCACAGUGGGGUGGGUGACUCUGCAGGCUGCAGCUCACUGAUCGGACAUCCACAGUGGGGUGACUCGGCAGCCUGCACCUCACCCUGAUCGGACGUCCACAGUUGAGUGACUGACUCCGCAGGCUGCAGUUCACACUGAACGUCCACAGUGGGUGACUCCUCAGGCUGCAGGUCACACUGAUCGGACAUCCACAGUGAGGUGACUCCGCAGGCUGCAGGUCACUUUCUCAAAGGUGUUUGGAUUUUUGCUUGAGUAAUGAGAUCAUGAAAAUAGAAAUUCUGCCUGCUGAAGGGCAAACCAAUGAGAAACUACACCAGAUUGACUUCCUUUAAGCAAACAGUGCUGUAAAAACUAAUGGCUUCUCUGAUAUUUAUUAUAAAUGUUAGUACUCAUCUUUUUCCAAUGCUGCACACUCCUGUAUUUGAUACUUAUUUUUAAUAACCUUGCAACUAUAAUCCUGUAUCAGUUUCCUAUAAUUUAAAUGGAGAAAAACAUCCUAAUAAAGGCUUUAUUAUUAACAGACCAGAUAGCACCAGAAAUUAUGUGACUAUAUAAAUAUCAAAACAUGUGUUCACUUUGUAGGACAAAAUUAUGUUGAAAGUUCUAGCUUAAGUGUUGGCACUUUUAUGGGGGGGAAAUCACUUUUAAAACUAAAACUUCCAUGUAUACCCGGUAAUUUAAAAUUAUGUGAAAUAUUUUAAAUUUGUGAACUCGUAAUUACUAUUUUAAUGAUUCAGUUUCUCGAGAAUGGUAAUUGUAUAAAAUUGCUCUUGCAGUUUUCUUUUCAAUACAACGUGCCUGUAAACCAUGGAUAUCCCCUUUGUAAAAAGACACUGUAGAUAAUUGAAUGUUUGAUUAUAGAAAGGUCAUUAGUUUCUUGUUACACAUUUUGUUAGUCCGGUUUUUGUCGCUUAUUGGGUUUAAUAUUGUUCUUGAAAAUAGUCAAUGCUAUGUUAUGUAUAACUUUUCUAAUAAAAGUUGUGUUUCAAGCUGUA